AGAAUUAAAGACCAGAAGAAGAAGAAGAAGCCGGAACCGAUUCAUAUAAAUAGUCCACUCGCUCUGUUACAAUUCUUUCUUCUACAGCGACAUUUUGGCGAUAACGUUACCGUGUUGGCUCAAACUACUAAAUUGCCGCAGUCGUUAUGGCUUCCCGUAAAAGAAGUCUCGUUGAUAAUGGUCAGCAGGAUGGAGUGGUCCUAGCCGGCAAGCAGAUGAAGGCGGGUGACAAGAGACACGUAGCUGCCUUGGUUCUGGCUAGGGGGGGAAGCAAAGGGAUUCCUCUUAAAAACAUAAAAAUGUUAGCGGGAACCCCCCUCAUUGGAUGGGUGCUGAGAGCUGCUGUGGAUUCCGAAAUGUUUGACAGUGUGUGGGUAUCGACAGACCAUGAUGAUAUCGAAAAGGUGGCAAAAUCCUGGGGUGCCAAGGUGCACCGCAGGAGUCCUGAAGUCUCCAGAGACUCUUCUACAUCACUGGAAACCAUCCAAGAGUUUAUGAGGCUCAACCCAGAGGUGGAUGUGAUGUGUAACAUUCAGGCUACAUCCCCGUGUCUCCAUCCGUUCCAUGUGAAGGAGGCCCUGGAGAUGAUCACACUGCAGGGCUUUGAUUCAGUCUUCUCGGUGGUCAGGAGACACCAGUUCCGCUGGGAGGAGGUCAAAAAAGGAUCUGCUGAGUUUACCAAGCCGCUCAAUCUGGCCCCAUCCAAGCGGCCGCGGCGUCAGGACUGGGAUGGAGAGCUGUAUGAGAACGGCUCUUUUUACUUCACCACUAGGGACCUCGUGAACGAGGGACUUCUGCAGGGUGGUAAGGUUGCCUACUAUGAGAUGCAUCCAGAGUACAGCGUGGACAUAGAUGUGGACAUCGACUGGCCUGUGGCAGAACAGAGGGUUCUCAGGUAUGGUUACUUCGGGCGGAACACGCCAGAGGUGGUUCGUCUGAUGUUCUGUAAUGUUUCCGGAUGUUUAACAGAUGGAAGGAUCUUCUUGGCUGUAUCCGGAGAAGAGAUGGUGUCUAUUAACACCAGAGACACCACAGGCAUCCACAUGCUGCAGAGAGAAGAAGUGGAGGUCGUGCUGUUGACCUCCAGUGAGGACCUCGUGGUCCAGUCGUUGGCUGACAAACUGGCCAAGAGGACGGGCUGCCAGGUCAUGCAGGUGGGAGAGGAGCCGCUGAAUGAUCUGAAGCCGAUGCUGGCACAGAGGAAGCUGCUUUGGAAGGAUGUGGCAUACAUGGGUAACAACAAACCAGAUGUCAGCUGUCUGAGCUUGGCGGGUUUGAGUGCAGUACCUGGAGAUGCUCCGGUGGUAGCCAUUAAUGCUGCAAAGUACACCUGCCACAGUGUCGGGGGAAUGGGAGCAUUGAGGGAGUUUGCCGAACACAUUCUCCUGCAAAAAGAGAAAGCAAAGUCGCAAAUGAAGCAGGACCGCAUCGACAGCACCUUCUAAUUUUACAUUAUAUCUACAUGGAAAGGUUUUAGAGUUAGUGCAGUUUACGCAACUGAUAGAAGUAAUCAAACAGUGCACAUGUACAUAAAACAUAUUACAAUAUUAUCUGAGAUGUAUAUCUAAUUAGUUAGUAGAAUUAAAAUAAUUCACUCUGUUUACAACCAAAUCUCACGCAAUCAUGUUUUCCUGUUGUUACCUUUUUUUUUUUUUUUUGCAUCAAAAUAUGAGAUUCUUACACAUGUUCUUCAGUAAUUUUCUAAAUUAGGUUAUGCUGUGAAUACUACAACGGAGUCAGUAGUUAGCGAACCUUAGUUUAUUGUAGCACUUGGGGUUUGAGACAGAAUUGCUUCCUUGUCAGUCGAGGUUGAGCGUAAAGAUACAAAAUGUUGCUCCAAACGCACAGGAUAAAGAACCCACUACCAAAACCCAAACCACUAGACUGGAAACUGCUAAUCUUGUCUUUUAAAACAAGAACACAAGGACUAACAUACACAACAACCAAAUCUAAGUGUGGAAUGAUUAGAUGGAAAUUUAGAUUUUUAAAACUUAAAAUGCUUUGGUAUUUUAUAUAUACAUUAAAGCGUUUUAAACCAAAAUAUAACUAGUUGAAUGUAUCACUUUUUGACAAGUCUUCUGUACUCCCUUUACUUUAUCUGUCACAUGAAACAGUCAAAGGAAAAACUGUCCCUGUCAUGCUGUAUUUACCCCCUUGUUUAUAUUUCUCAUGUGUUGGAUAUUUUGGGAAAUAUGCUUAUUCGCUUUCUUGCUAAGAGUUAGAUGAGAAGCUUGAUACCACUCCAAUGUCUGAUGGGUAAAUAUGAAGCUACAUACGUAGGUGGAUUUUGUUACUUAGAGCCAGGCUAGCUGUUUACCCCUGCUACCAGUUUUUAUGCUAAGCUAACAGGCUGCUAUCUGUAGCCUUAUGUUACUAGACAGAUGUGAAAGUGGUAUCGAACCUUUUAUCUAACUCUCAGCAAGAAAGCGAAUUAAAGUAUUUUUGCCAAAACUGUUGUGGUAACUUUGCGGAUCUAAAUGGGAUUAAUGACUAGCUUGUAGCUGCUAGUUGUUAAGAGAUUAGUAGGUGACCUGAAUGGUCAGUUUACUGUUUGCUGGUUGUCCGGUAAAUAAUGGGGUAGGGGUGGGCGGAUCAAUACCAGAAUAUCGAUACUACAGAUACUACGUCGCAUUUUGAAGAUGGAUUCUAGCGUCAAUAAGAAGUUUCUCUCUUCUACGUUGUACCCAUCAAAGAGUAGAACUGUCUGUGCAAACAACGUUCAGACGUCGUGAACACAUCUAAGUGGAUGAAGUCUUUGCUUCUCCACUGCUGUUGUCAUGUUGUGCGCACUCCAACAACAUACACACUGUGCACACCUCACUAGUUUAAUCGAACACAUAAUUGCAGUGAUGGCUGAGCGAAAGACAAUCAUCGUUUGGAGCUAUUUCACAGCUGUGAAUGGGGGGGGAGUAUCGGUUUUGAUAUCGGCGAUACUGGCCCUGUAUUACUUGGUAUCGGAUCAAAACCAAAUUUUGCAGUAUCGCCUACCCCUACAGUGGGGGUGGUUUCAUAUGGUGCAGGGCCUGCAUUUGCACUGUUAAUCAGUCAGUGGAAUAAUGCCUGUGUGUGUUCUAUUUAUUGAUGUACGGCAAUAUGUAAUUAUGUAUGGGAUGUCAUUUGGCUCAUUUACAUGAUUUUAGUUCAUUUAUAACUGUGUAUCAUGUAGUACCAAAUAAUUUUGUGUGUGAAUAAUUAUCAAUGAAGUUGUCUAUUAAAGAUUGAUUGACUCUG